CCGCCAAGCUUCUCAAACUGGAGCUGAACUGCAGUCAAUUUUACAACACUGCUCCAAGGCAAAAGCGAAGAUUUGCGAUCACCUUAAUCAGUGACAUGAAAAAAAAUAGAAUCGCCUCCAAGCAUGAUGCGGAAGCAGGCGAAAGGUACAUUUGAUCCAUAUCUGUUGCGGUCCACUCUUUAUGCAGGAAUGCACUUCCUUGAUGGCUACACACACAAAAAAUCAUGUUGUCGUGAGGAAGGCCGUUCUGCACCUUGUUGCAGAACCUGCGGAUCCUGUUCACUCGCUCGGGUUGUUUCGGACAGACGGCAAGCAUCUGGAAGCUGCAACUGCAAGAGUCAUGUCCAACAACGGUGAUGUUGACAUCAAGCAGGCCAUGGUGGUCCUAUCCACCGACGAUCAAUGGUCCUCCCUUGUGUCCCUGCUGAAGGAGAGCGCGGUGGUGGACAAAGAGUUAACCUCUCGGGGAUCCCAGCAAGUCUACUUUGACUUGGUUCCGGAGAAACGCUUGGUCUGCCUGAGCCGUGCAGACAUCCCGGGAGACGCCACGGAGGAGGAAGUCAGCCGGGCCGUGAACGGAUGCUUCGAAGCUGGCGAAGACGCGAUAAGCGCCUUCCUGCUGUUGAUCCAGGGUGGAAAUUACACGAGCAGGCAAAUGCGCCUGGUGGAGCUUCUGCAGGUUCACUUUGGAGCCGAAGCCUUCAAGUACUUGCUGGUGGUCUCUCUGGAAGACGGUAAGACGGCGGACACGCUGGACGACGCACUGCUGGAGCUGAUCGACGCGUGCGACGGACGCUACUGCCGCCUGACCGCGUCGGCGGCCAGGGAUAAAAUGAACGCCCUGGUCAGCAUGGUGGACUACACGCUGGCCGAGAGCGGCGGCUACGGCCGGGCCGCGCCGGACGAGGCCAAGCGCAAGAGCACGGAGGACACGGCCAUGAGUAUUCUGAGGCAGAAGGUGCGCGAGGCCGAGGAGAGACUGGAGGCCUUCGGGCGGAUGGCGGCGCAGAGCGAGGAGAGGCGAGCCAAGGAGGCCGAGGAGCUGAGGGCCAAGCACGUCGAGGAGAGGCGAAAAGAGGCGGCUGAGAGGAAGCGCUACGAAAUCAAGAAGGAGAGCCUGGAGGAGGCCGUCAUCAGCCACCUCCACAUCAAACCACAUGUCCACGACGACGACGCCAACAAUCUGUCCGUGGUGCUGCUGGGCCUGUCGGGCAGCGGCAAGACGUCGGCCCUCGGCCUCAUCUCGGCGCGAGCGGGUAACCGGUACCGUGACUCCGGGUCUGACGCCGAGACUCCCCGGCCCACCCUGGCGUGCGCCCGGCGGGAGGUCUGCGCGGCUGGCAGGAGGCUGGUCCUGGUGGACACCCCCGAGCUGUGGGACGAGGACGGCGUGGAGAAUCCGGAGAAGGUGAAGGACUGCCUGGCUCUGGCACUACCGGGGCCUCACGUCUACCUGCUGGUCCUCCAGGUGGGCCGCUUCACCUGGGGCGAGAGCCAGAUGCUGGCCCACCUGCAGAAGGCGUUCGGCAAGGACGCGGCCGAGCGCGCCGUGCUGCUGUUCGUCCGCAUGGACUCGGGCCCCGCGCGCCCACAGAGGGUCCACGACUACGUGGCGGGGGCCCACGCCGCCCUCCGCCAGCUGGUCCGACGCUGCGGGAGCCGCUACUACGAGCUCAGCCUGGCCGCGGCCCCCCGCGACGGCCUGACUUACCCCCAGGUGAGAGAGCUUCUGGCGGGCAUCUACAAGCUGGCGGCGUCCCACGGGGGACGAGGACACUCCGUCAAGAGAUUUUCUGUGCGGGAGCUCCAAGACAGGAAGAAGGCCAUGGAGGACUCCAAGGAUGCAGCCUUGGAGGACAAUUUCCUGCUCGCAGAGAAUUAGGAUUUGCAUCAUUUAGCAGUUUGGUGGACUUCAACACGCCUCACUACUCAGCUGGAGUGACAACAGAGAAACGAGACUUGUACAAGGUGGUAAAAACUGUCGUCCGACAAGAAACAGGGCACUUUCUUGUUGCACACCUUCCAAAUCCCCACUUCUUACACCGAGACGCUCUCAGGAAAGAAUCCAUUUGAAAUUCCUGCACCUUCACGCACCUUCAGGAUCCCCACUUCUCGCACCAAUAUGGUGCGUGCUAACCUUCCGCUUCCCCGGUUCUCAAACCACGAUGGUCCCCAUGCACCUGCGGCAUCAAUACUUCCUGCAACAUAAUUGUUCACGCACACCUUCCACAUCCCCGCUUUUUGAACCAAGAUGGUACAUACACUUUUUGUAUUAAGAUGGUCCACACAUACCUUAGAUUCCCACAUCUUGCACCAACAUGGUACACACUUCUUGUACAGUUUCCCAACUUCUAACACUGUGAAAUUCUGUGCAUAUCGCCCACAUCCCCAAUUCUUGCCCCAAGAUGUACUCCUUCCGGUCAUCCAACAAAACCUUCUCGACCUCUUGACGAACACCUUCCCCGCUUCUUGCCCCGAGUUGGUCGCUCGGCACUGACCCCUUGUUGGGGCCUCUGGGAGACAUUUGAGACACUUCCCCUAACUUAGUAGGAAUUUCAAAUGGACUAUUUACUCGGACCAUCUUGGUGCAAGAAGUGGGGAUCUGGAAGAUGUGCAACAAAGAUGGUGCCCGAGCUUUUUGUGAGCUGCCUAUUUCCCCAAACGUGUCUGUGAGCGAACCCUUCUGAAUUGCAACAGCACCAAACACUACAGAAUAGUUUAAAGAAGAAAAGCUUGUGUAUGGUCCACAUCCACGCAUUGCCACACUAAUUGACAAAAGUAAUUGGACAGCUUGAUGACCAGGGAAGAAACUGGAACGAUAUGCGAUUAGAGGGGUAGGGUUGCAUUGGUUAAAAAGCUAUAUGGAGAAGAGACAACAGUUUGUGCAGAUGGAGUAAUAGAGGUCUUCACUUUCAGAUAUCACCUGUGGUGUGCCGCAAGGGUCACUUUUAGGACCAAAAUUAUUUUUAUUGUACAUAAGGGACACGUAAAGUUUCCAAUAUAUUGAAAUAUUUUAUUUUUCUCAGACAAUACAAAUGUAUUCUGUGAAGGAGAGAACCCCCAGCAGCUGCUGGAAAUUGUAUCAACUGAAUUGGGAAAACCAACCUCUUUUAUUUGUCAUGAUUAUUAUGUCACGGAAGCCGUUGCAUUGGAUUUCCCCUGCGGGCGAACAAACGAAGCAGCAAGCGAGCAGCCAGGGAGGAAGAGGAAAUCCUCGAAUUAGUAAUCUGCGUGACUCACUAUAAUCUGUGGAAUUCACAUUUGUAUUAAUUGCUGUGCUUUCUUCUCUGGCUGUACAGCCAAGACUAGACAACAUGAAAAUAGGAAGUAAUGCUAACUACAUAAGGCUUUGUAUUGUGUUGUUGGUGUCGCAUUUGUGGUGGGUGUGGAAUCUCAAGCGUCGGGUCGAAGGCCCAUAAUGCCGUCAAGCCACUCUGUGUAGUGCGAGAUGAUGGUGUAGA